AUGGAUACCCGGCUAUCUUUCUCCAGGUACCCGCUGCUGGUGUUGCUCUGCUCGGUUGCUGCCCCGUCGGGGACCCGGAGCCCCGUGGCUGCUGCGGGGAGGAGCUGCUCCGACACCCGGCAGGUGUACUCGGAGAAAGGGUACAGCACAGGCACUGCUCCACUGACUCAAAUCUCCGGUGAGCACCUGCGGCUCUGUCCUCAGGACUACACCUGCUGCUCCAGUCAGAUGGAGGAAACACUGGCUCACCAGAGCGAGAGGGACUUCCUCAAAGCUGUCGAAGACAACAGCCAGUUCCUUUUGACCACCUUUACCCAGAGACACCGCAGGUUUGAUGAGUUCUUCAGAGAGCUUAUAGACUUAUCAGAGAAGUCAAUGAACCAGAUGUUUACCAAGACCUACGGGCGGCUCUUCACCCAGAAUGCACACGUCUUCCAGGAGCUGUUUGUGGAGCUUCGCAGAUAUUAUUCUGGGGGAAGUGUGAGUCUGACAGAGGUUUUCUCAGACUUCUGGUCCAGACUGGUGGAGCGGGUCUUCUCUCUGGUCAACCCUCAGUAUCAGUUCAGUGAGGACUACCUGGAGUGUGUCAGCAAACACGCCGAACAGCUGCAGCCGUUUGGAGACGUGCCCCGCAAGCUGCGUGUACAAGUGUCCAGGGCUUUUAUUGCAGCCAGAGCGCUGUCUCAAGGCUUGGCUACCGGCCGAGAUAUUGUCAACAAAGCAACAAAGUUGACUGCAGAUUCAGAGUGUGUGCGAGGCCUGAUGCGUCAGUGGUACUGCCCGCUGUGUCGAGGCAUGCCUUCCCUUCGGCCCUGCCACUCCCUGUGCCUUAAUGUCAUGAAGGGAUGCUUAGCCAAUCAGGCCGACCUGGACACUGAAUGGAACAAUUUCAUUGAUGCACUGUACCAGGUUUCAGAGAAGUUAGAGGGACCGUUCAACAUGGAGCUCGCGGCCGACUCCAUAUCGGUGAAAGUGUCUGAAGCCAUCAUGCACAUGCAGGAAAACAGUGUCAGCAUCUCCACUAAGGUGUUCCAGGGCUGUGGAAACCCCAGGCCAGUUCGGUCCAAACGCUCACCCAAAGAGUCAGGAGGCAACAGGAGGCCUUUUCGCACCUACAGCCCCGAGGAAAAACCCACCACUGCUGCAGGCACUAACCUGGACCGACUGGUUACUGAGCUGAAGGAGCGACUGCGGCCCAUGCGGAGCUUCUGGGUGUCCCUCCCACACACCAUCUGCAAUGAUGAGAAGAUAGCUGCCGACGUCACUAAUGAGGACCGCUGCUGGAACGGGCAGACCCGGGGGAGGUAUCUCCCAGAUGUAACAGGAGACGGGCUGGUCAGCCAGAUCAACAACCCUGAGGUGGAGGUGGACAUUGCUAGGCCUGACGUGAGGACCCGACAGCUGAUCAUGGAGCUGAGGGUGGUGACCAACAAACUAAGACACGCUCAGACCGGACAGGACAUGGACUUCAUGGACAGUGAGUGUGAGGAAGGCAGUGGUUCAGGGGGUGGAGAUAAUGGUGAAAGGUACAAUGAUGAUUGGCCAGGUUAUGGGCCGUACUCACCUCCCUACAACAAGCCACCACGUAACCCUGCUUCCAACCCUGCUAAACCUCCUCGUGUCCGAGAAAGAAAUGGGUCCAAGUGGAACAGAAAUAAUGGCCAUGGGCGGAUCAAAUCAGCAACCAGUUGCCUCACAUUCUCCUUGGUUCCUUUGUUGUCUUUCCCUCUCAUGGUCACUGUUGCCCCCAUGUGGAGAUAGCUGCUUAUUGCAGCCUGGAAAUUAAGGAACAUGUCUGUCAUGUUGGGUGUCUGAAGCACAUUAUGAAGAAAAAAUAUCAUUCCAUUUGGUUACACCAGCAGAAAAAGACGAAACAGGCUAAUUUAGCAAUAAUUAAGAACCUGUUUACAUCACAAAAUAGAUAGGUUAAAAUUAAUAUUCUUUUCCUACUGCCCAAGCCACGAAACAGGCACUAUGUUUUAUGAUUACAAACAGUGCUUAAUGAAUAAUUACAACCAUCUUUUAGUGCCAUUCUCUAAGAUGUUUGACCUAUUAGAGUCUUGCUGAAUGAUGCGCUGAGCUGGGGUGUUUUAGUUGAUGGGGAAAAAGGCCAAAAAGCAAAAAAGCAAGCAAUGAAUGAAUUAGCAUGUCUGUGUGAUGGAGCUGAUGUUCUCAUGGUUUGGUGGUCUGUGAGAUAGAAAUUACA